AUGAAUCUUCCGUCCGUGUCCUUUUUACCAGUUUUGUGGAACAUUGUAUUUUCUCAACGUGACAAGCGAUACCACAAUUCAUUCAUCGGGAUAUUUACUUUAAAUUUAUUCACUGCAGUUUCUACGGUAUAUCCAAACGAGAAAGCUGCCUGUAUGAACAUAUUUGGCUAUAAAUUUAUUUGUUUGUUUCAUCCAGAAUCUGCAAAGGAAGUGUUAAAAAGCAACAGUUUAAUCAAUAAGGAUUCUACUUAUGAUUUCUUGAAGCCACUUCUCGGAGACAACAAUAUUCUGUACAGUUCUGACGACAAUUGGAGAAGAAGAAGAAAAUAUUUAGCUCCACAUUAUCAUCUCUGGAAUCUGAAAAAUAAUCAAAAUAUACUUAUGAAGCAUUCAAACGUCUUAGUGGAAAAACUGAAACAAUUGCAGAAGAAUGAAAUAUUCGAUAUUCUGGAAUGGAUGAAAUAUUGCACUCUCGAUAUAAUCGCAGACAUAGCAGUAGGAGUUUCUCUACAUUCUCAGACUACGAACGAUCAAGAAUAUGCGUCCGCAAUGCACAGAAUUCUGAAAUAUUUUCCUCAAUGGCUAUUUAAUCCAAUGUACUGGUUUUUCCCAAUUUUCUUCAUGAGUAAAAUAGGAAAAAAUUACAAGAGGGACGUUGAAAUAAUCCAUCGUUUCGACGAAAAGUUGUUCAAGGGAAAAAAAGAAAACUUUGUGAAAAAAAUGCAGCAGCAACCUUCUUUAAAUAAAGAAACACAUAAUGAAGAAAAACCAAAGAUCAAAACAAAACAGCGUAUUAUAGAUGCAUUGUUGGAUCUUCAUGUCAAACAAGGUUUAAUAUCCGAAGAAGACGUAAUCGGAGACAUGGAAGGUGUUAUUUUUGGGGGUCACGAUUCAACCUCGCACGCUCUGUCAUGGACUUUUUAUUUCCUGGGAAGAUUCCACGAAAUCCAAGAAAAACUGUAUCUAGAAUUGCAAGAAAUUUUCAAAAAUGAUAUGAAAAGAGAUAUCACUAUCGAUGACCUGACGAAAAUGACGUACUUAGAAUGCGUAAUUAAGGAGUCGAUAAGAAUCUAUCCUCCUUUUCCUUUUAUUGCAAGAAAAAAUCCUACGGAAAUGAAAAUAAGUAAUUACGUGUUGCCUGCAAAUGCGACUCUUGUCAUAAAUAUCUAUGGCAUCCAUCAUAAUCCUUCUGUUUACGAAAAUCCCGAAGUGUUCGAUCCAGACCGUUUUCUACCCGAAAACUAUAAAAAUCUUCAUCCUUAUGCAUUUCUUGGAUUUUCUGCCGGUCCACGAAAUUGUAUCGGAAGUAAACUCGCCAUGAUUAAAAUGAAAAUGGUUUUGGCAAAUGUUCUUCGUAAUUUUAAAGUUUACUCUUUGGAUCCUCAGGAUAAAAUUGUUACUUCAUGGGAUGUUAUGUUAACCCCAAUAUCAGGUAUAAGAAUGUUUGUAGAACAAAGACGUAUGUUGUAAAAUAUGAAAUAACCUGAACGUUGGAGUAAUUUUUAUUACAAAUAUAUAUAUAUAUAUAGAUCUAUAUCAUAUAAUCUAGAUGAGUGCAUUUAAAACCUGUAUCGAAAUGAUUCUACCUAUAAUUAAACUUUACUCAUAUAUUAUAUUUCA